AUGCCUUGCUCGCCCCUUUCACUGCUAGACACAAAUUCACCUCGUCUUGCCCAUUGUCAAACUCAACUUGAACAGGGCUCUCUUAUGAAUUCAUUCUCUCAAUUUCUUCAGCCGCAGCAGUUAGCCAGUCCAAGUCAUGAAGUGACAAUGUCGUCUUUGAUCUCCAAAGGCUUGGAAUCCCCACCUUCCUUAAAUCUCGACAACUUCUCAGCACCUGUAUCCCCCACCUCACUCACUUCAGGAGUUCACCAGGAUUAUUUCAGUGCAAAUAUUAAAACAAGUCAAGUAUCCACAUGUAACGAAAAAGGAACAAUGCUUGAUUAUUCAGGGUCCCACCCAGAUUCUUAUACCCGGGCAUCUGGCAAAAAAUCUUGUCACAAUGUAAAUGACUACCAACUUAUUAAAGAUCAAAAUACUCAAGCACCAGUCAAGGCGGAAAGUAGGGAGUCCAUUUAUCCUAUCUCCAAGACAUCAGACAUAAACUCGCGCCACUCUCAUUCUAGCCCUUUCAUUCCCAGCACUGAUGAUUUACACAUCAAUAUAUUGGGUAUUCCCGACGAAGGUGCGAAAUCUCGCGUCGAAACACAGAUAAAACUGAGCAUUCAACUGCUCACUAAAGAUGGAACAAAAGCAACUGCAUGGCCCUAUCUUCGCCUGCCAGAAAAGACCUUGGCAAAGUCAAAAUUACGCAAGCAUCUUGACUGUUCUUACCAAGAUGAACGCGCCCCUGCAUUGUUAUCCGACGAAUCGAAAGUACUCACAUUAGAAGCUAGAGUUAUAUGCGAGUCAGACCCAACCAAGAAGGUCACAAUGUGUGUGGGAUGUGUGAGACGCGAGCGAAAGCGAGCAGAGCGUAAAAGAGUCAGUAGAUCUGAAGGAGCUCAACGACUGGCUAUGGAAAGCAGAUUUUUACCGGAGAGAGAUGCAAUCAAUUCAACUGAUGCUGCAUUUGAAAAAGACAGAGAACGCAUUUUAUUAUUCAGCUGCGAUCCUUUGGUAACAUUUAGUUCAGGCGAGAUUACGCUUCCUAUUCGUAUUACCUGCUAUUGUCGGCACCAUCGUGAACGCGUAGGAUUCAGAGUCUUGUUUUCUAUGAGAGAUUAUAUGGGAAAUAUCGUGGCUACAGGAGAGUCACCUUCGAUUAUGAUCACAGAUGAUCACAAAAGCCUUAAAGCUCCCAUUGAGAUAAGAAAAAGAGAUAGUACCGAAGCAGAUUUGUCAUCUUCCUCUACCCGCCCCAUCAAGCAGAUUGUAACGCCAUCCACUUCUAAAAAAUCAUCUCCCAUCACUUCUCCAUCCGUGAAACCCAUAUCCCAUCCUUCCUCGACCUCUUACCGUGCUGGAGGCAAAAAAACCAAAACCCAAAAAACAAUGCCACCACCGCUUGAUAUCCGUCCAGUUAAUCUGACAUGCUCUCCCUCUAAUCUCCAAUCUUCACCAAUCAUUAUUGACACACCCAUAUCCCUCGUCAAUUUCUCUUCCCAUCCCGCAUUCAAAGCCCUCACAAAAUUAGACACUCUUUCUAUCGAACCACCUCGUAUGGAGCUAAUUGUACCAGCCCGUGGGCCAACAUAUGGUGGGACCGAGGUAACCAUCCUUGGUUCUGGGUUUUCCCAGGACCUUACUUGCUAUUUUGGAAGCCAGGCUGCCGUAACUCUCUACUGGAGCGCAACAACUCUAGUGUGUGUUCUUCCCCCUUCUGUCCAAUCAGGUCCCGUACCGGUAACAUUCCGAAAAAGGAUUUCUCCAUUGGAGUACAAGGCUGGGCAUUUUGAGUACUACACCACCGAUGAUCAAGCUUUUAUAGAACUAGCCUUGCAGGUAGUUGGUAUGAAAAUGACAGGAAGAGUACAUGAUGCGAAGCAGAUUGCCAUGAAUGUAAUCCAGGAUGACUCUACCCAACGUCAACCUCACCCUCAAAACUUGGUGGACGAGAAUCAAUGUCGAAUUAACCUUGCCAAGCAUAUUCGCCAGCAACGUACAAAGGCACUUGAGGUCAACUCUGCAUCAGCCUGGUUAAACAAUCGAUCAGACAACAAUGGCAUUGGUCUACAGAUGGGUCAACUUCAACAUAUGCAUCAGCCAGGAAUUAGCCAAUCCGACUGGCUUAAUAAUCCAAACGCUGCUCAUGAUUCUGGAUUCUAUGCCUUAUCAAAAUUACUUGAAGAAGACACAGAUGAAUUGCUUGCAAACUGGGAUCCAUUGAGCAACACUAUGAAUGAUAAGCACCGCACUGAACCAGCUAUCGAUACCCAAGCCCUGGCAGCACUUGGAACAUAUAAUGGGUUGGAUGACUGGCUUAUGCAAUCUAUGAACGCAAGUGAGAUGGACAACCCUUCUUGGCUUUCGCCUCUUUCAUGCCCUUCUAGAUAA